AUGCUUGUGUUGACCUCCCUGUUCCUCGCUGCCACGAUCAUGGAGACGCGCAGGAAUGAUGUCAGUAGCCCAUUGACGCUUUUCUUCUACGCGCGGCUGCACUCGAGCGGCAAAGACGGUUUAUCCGACGCGUACUCUAAAUCUCUCAACACUGCUGGUGGUAUAAUACAGGCUGGGGCGGGGCUCAAGGCUAGCAUCAUCAAAGGCUCUCGGACAAUCAAUGUGGUUGUGGAGCAGCCCGCUAAGGCGUAA